AUGGCUGCCACCUGUUACAACAAAAUCGGUAACGUGACUCGGAAAAACCUAGUCGAAGACACCCAGAUAGAUCAACCUUUUAGCAUAUCUGAUGCAAACAAGUUCACAGUUGUCGGAUGUGAUGAUAUUGCCCUACUAUUCGGGCUUGGCGGUGCUAAUUCGACCAAUGGGUGCGUUUCCACUUGUUCUUCAAGAGAGCAAGUUCUUGAUGGUUAUUGCAAUGGUACUGGUUGUUGCCAGACCUCAAUACAAAAGGGCCUAACAAGACUUUCUGCCUCCCUAGACAGCAUUCAUAAACACAUUAAUGUGUGGUCCUUUAGCCGUUGUGGUUAUGCCUUUCUUGCAGAGCAGGAUACCUUUACAUUUCAUUCAUCUGACCUUGAUGACGUCACUUUUCAAGAACGAAUCAUUGAGAAUGUCCCAAUCGUUCUCGAUUGGGUGAUUCGGAAUGAAACAUGUGAUGAAGCUCGAAAAUUCGAUGAUUUUGCAUGUCACAAGAACAGUACAUGCGUCGACUCCACCACCGGUGUUAAUGGAUAUAACUGCAUAUGUUUUCAGGGAUAUGAGGGCAAUCCGUAUCUAGAACCAGGCUGCACAGACACAAACGAAUGUGAGAAUAGUCCAUGUGUAUCAAAUGCCAUAUGCACUAAUUCUCUUGGUAGCUAUAAUUGUUCGUGUCCUCGUGGCUUCACGGGUGAUGGCACCAAAGCUGGCAUUGGCUGCACUAAAAAUAAAUGGCACCUCUCAACUCUCACGUUGUCAUUAGGUACCCAUGAUUGA